AUGGAGCUGCACACGCUGUGCUGCUGGGCGCACGUGGGCGAGAGGGCGCGCGCGGUGUUCACGUGGGCCCACUUCGACGUCAUCAUAGGCGUCGUCAUCGUUCUCAACGCCAUUACGAUUGGGAUCGAGACAUCUCGAAGAGCAAAAAACGGCACAAGUAUAAGUAGUUUCUCGGAGGUCCGCGUCGCGUCUUUCAUUCAAGCAUGCGAGUACGUGUUCAUGGCCGUUUACAUGGCGGAGCUCGGCCUGAACUUCGCUGCGCUGGGCGUGCGGGAGUCCUUGAGGAACCCAUGGAUCAAGCUCGAUAUUUUCUUCGUGGUGAUCGGAGUGGCGAACGUUGCGCUGUCUGUGUUUACGCCAGACGUUGGGCAUCCCCUUGGUAAUUUCAACAUGCUGAAGGUGCUGCGGCUGAUUCGCCUAGCCAGGAUUAUACGGCUUGCCGUUCAGUUCCGGACGCUUUGGUUGCUGUCCUGCGGCCUGAUACAUGCGGUGGUGCCCAUGAUUUGGACUUGCUUCUUCAUGGUUGUCGUCAUAUAUGUUUUCGCCGUUCUUGGCAUGGAAAUGAUUACGGACACCAGGGCAGACAGAGACAACGAGUACGUAAUGGCUGCUCAGAAUUUCAACUCGAUCGCGGACGCCAUGCUGACGCUUUGGCAGAUAAUGUUCGUCGAUAGCGCGGCAUCCAUUUACAGGCCGCUGAUGUAUAACAACCCGAUCUUGAUUCUGUAUUUUCUAGCGUUCUUCUUGAUGGGCCCAUCGUCUUUUCGAGUUGCAAAUGAGGAUCAGGAGGCCAAGCGUGCGUGGAGGACCCACAAGAGGAAGGCCAUGAUUCCGAAGCUGCGCGAGCUGUUCAAGACCAUGGACCUGAACGGCAACGACGAGCUGGACCUCGAGGAGAUCAAGGCGAACCCGGCGGCCAUGGAUCAGCUCAAGAACAUCGUCGACAUCGAUCAGCUCGAGAACUUGGUUCAUCUCCUCGAUCAGGACCAGACUGGCACCAUCAGCGUCGACGAGUUCGUCGAGGGCCUCGUGCGCUCGUGCCUCGACGAGAGGCCCGCCGAGCUGGUGCUGCUGGUGGGCCACAGCAGGCGGAUCCUGAGCGCUGUGCGCGAGCUCGGCGAGCGGCGGCCGGAUCCGAGCCCGGGGGCCCCCGGCGGCAGAUGACGCGGCGCCCGUGGCGGGCCCGCCGCUGAGAAGCCGCUCGCGCGCUUUUCUGGACCCCGCCCGAAACCCAGCCUCGCAUGGAAACCAUGCGCGCCAGGUCGGCAGGGAAGCUCCUCAGUCUGUUUCGCCAUCCGCAGGCCGAAGCGGGGGACGCUCCUUGAGAAUAAGUCCGAUUGCAACCACUUCGGGCUGUUCUGGAACUGCUUCGGUCAGAGUACAUACGCUGGAAACGGACUGAUCUUCAGUGCACCCAGAAGCGCUCUUAUGAUCUCUCUCUUCAUCGAAACCUGGCUGCAACGACCCACAAGCAUCGCCACCACUUCGGACCGAUCGCAACUGGUUGUGAUCCAGUCCGAAGUGGUCGACGAUCGGUCCGAAAUGGUUGCGGUCGGUCGCCAUCGCGACGCUCCUUCUCUGCGAAGGCCGCGCUUCUGUGGCGGGGUGCAGCAGGGGUUGUUGCACGUGCUCCGCCAACGGGCGUGGCAGCACGUGCAUCCUAUUUCAAGGCAGUUUUUGUCCUGCCGUUCGUCAUUCCUCGCCCUUCCCGCACGUGCUCGGCCAGAGAGGCCAAGAAAAUGUGAUGACAUCCAAGGACCAGCAAAUUACGGCUUCGACAUUUCAUCAGA